AUGGACUCCCCAAUAGACUCCGUCUUUGAAGACGAUGGGGAUAGUUCUGAUUUCGUCCCAGAGGCGCCGAAAUCCAAAGCCAAGGUUCCCAAGAAAGCUGCUACCUCUACUAAACCGAAAGCACCUGCUAAAAAGACGACCAAAACCGCCGCUACACCGAAAGCCGCUGCCACCAAAUCCACCGCCUCCAAGAAGAAGGCGAAAGUAGACACAGAAAAUGAGAUAUCAGAUGGUGAUGAUGACGGAGAUCUCGAUGUCGCAUCCCUACUUUCAGCUACACCUCCAAAUGCUGCUGCGAAGGCGAAAAAAUCUGCGGGCUCCAAGAAGCCGCCUAACAAACCCCUAGAAAAUGUUGAAAAUGAAUCGUUUGGAAUGGAUGGCGCUACGGUACCCAAGGAGAACAGUGAGAAGUACCAGAAAAAAGAAAAAGUCUACAUCCCUGAACUGGUUUUCGGUCACCUUCUUAGCUCGUCCAACUACGAUGACAACCAACAAAAGGUGACUGGUGGACGAAAUGGUUAUGGUGCCAAGCUCUGUAAUAUCUUCAGCACACAAUUUACACUCGAAACAGCGGACUCUAAAUUAAAAAAGAAAUAUAAGCAAACAUGGACUGACAACAUGUCCAAGAUGGGAAAGCCAAAAAUAACGGAUUGCAAAGGCGAUGACUACACCAAGGUUACUUUCAUCCCAGACUUCAAGAAGUUCGGAAUGGACGGGAUCGAUGACGACUUCGAGGCGUUGGUUAAGCGUCGAGUUUAUGACUUGGCAGGAACUUGCAAGGUCAACGUGAAAUUGAAUGGAUCGCGUAUUCCUAUCCGCAAUUUCAAACAGUAUAUGCAAAUGUAUACUAACGCCAUAAAAAAAGAACGUGGCGAGGAGGCCGCCAAAGACAAAUCUGAGAUCAUCACUGACAACCCAGACCCGCGAUGGGAAAUCGGGUUCGCUGUGUCCGACGGCUCAUUCCAGCAGGUGUCUUUUGUUAACUCUAUUGCGACAACAUCGGGUGGAUCCCAUGUCAAUUCAGUUGCUGACCAGAUUUGCAACAAACUUGUGGAUGCGGUAAAAAAGAAGAACAAGACAGGCGCCACCCUCAAACCGGCCCAAAUUCGGAAUCACAUAUUUGUAUUCGUAAACGCACAGAUUGUCAAUCCCGCGUUUACAUCCCAAACAAAGGAGCAAUUGACAACAAAACCGAGCCAGUUUGGAAGCAAGUGUGUGUUGUCAGAUGAAUUCCUCAAGAAGAUCCUGAAAACCCAAGUGAUGGAAAAUAUCUUGCAUUUCGCUGAGAAGAAAGCGGAUCAAAUCUUGAAGAAGACGGACGGUAAUCGACGAUCACGUAUGAACAACCCAAAACUAACUGAUGCUAACAAGGCUGGAACGAAAGAGGGACACCACUGCACUCUCAUCUUGACUGAAGGAGAUUCUGCAAAGGGAUUGGCUAUGGCUGGUCGAGCUAUUGUCGGCCCUGAUCUUUUCGGUGUAUUCCCUCUCCGCGGAAAGUUGCUCAAUGUUCGGGACGCCUCGGUUGAUCAGAUAUCUAAAAAUGCGGAAAUCCAGAACAUCAAAAAUUUCCUUGGCCUACAGCACAAGAAAGAGUAUACGGAUACCAAGGGCCUCCGCUACGGACAUCUCAUGAUCAUGACGGAUCAGGAUCACGAUGGAAGCCAUAUCAAGGGCCUAUUGAUCAAUUUCUUCCAAGUUGCAUUCCCAAGUUUACUUAAAAUACCGCAGUUCUUGAUUGAAUUUAUCACACCAAUCGUCAAAGUGUGGAAGGGUGAUCCGAAAAAUCCAACCAUAUCUAAAGUCUUUUUCACUAUGCAAGAGUAUAAGACAUGGCAAGAGAUUCACGGUCACGAUAAACGGUGGGAAAAGAAAUAUUACAAGGGUUUAGGUACCAGUUCUACAGACGAUGCCGAAAUCUAUUUCCGCGACUUGGAUAAACAUCUGAAGCAAUUCCAUGUCAUGCAGGAUCAUGAGGCGGAGCUCAUAGACCUCGCAUUUUCCAAGAAAAAAGCCGACGAGCGAAAAGAGUGGCUCCGUCAGUUUAAACCUGGCACCUUCCUAGACCAUACGACUGACGAGAUCACUUAUACUGAUUUCAUCAACAAGGAACUCAUCCUUUUCAGUAUGGCUGACAACAUACGAUCCAUCCCUUCUGUCGUGGACGGUUUGAAGCCUGGCCAACGCAAAGUUCUCUAUACCUGCUUCAAGCGCAAUGUUAAAAAGGAUGUGAAAGUAGCUGAACUUAGUGGUUACGUUCUUGGCAUGACUGCGUAUCAGCACGGAGAGCAGUCACUGCAGCAAACCAUUAUCGGCCUUGCUCAGAACUUUGUGGGAUCCAACAAUAUCAACUGCCUGGAGCCUAGUGGAAACUUCGGUUCCCGUUUACAAGGUGGAUCUGAUGCUGCUAGCCCCCGUUAUAUCUACACCCGACUUUCGCCAUUCGCGAGACGGAUAUUCCACGAGGCCGAUGAACCUCUGUUGACAUACAACGUCGACGAUGGCCAGGUCAUCGAACCUGAGAUUUACUUCCCCGUUGUGCCUAUGAUUUUAAUCAACGGCGCUGAGGGAAUUGGAACAGGUUGGAGCACUUCCAUUCCGAACUACAAUCCUGAGGAAAUAGUUGCGAAUCUAAAACGUCUCAUGGCUGGUGAACCGCUUGUCCCAAUGGAACCUUGGUUUCGAGGUUUUACCGGUGAAGUCGUCUCGAUGGGUGGCGAACGAUACAAAUUUAGUGGGAGAAUUUCGCAAAUUGGAGACAAUGAAGUUGAAAUUACCGAGCUACCCAUUCGUUCCUGGACGCAGGACUUCAAAGACCGGCUCGAGGAAAUUAUCAAGGCGGAGAAAGUUCCAUCGUUCAUCAAAGACUACAAGGACUACAAUACCCACACCAAAGUCCACUUUAUAAUUCAGUUGGACGAGAAGUACGCGAAAAAAGCAAUCGCUGAAGGUCUAGAAGAGAAGUUCAAACUAACGAAGACCAUCGCCACCUCGAAUCUUGUUGCAUUUGAUUCUGAGGGUCGAAUUACCAAGUACGAAUCGGUUGAAGAAAUACUUCGAGAAUUCUUUUCUGUUAGACUUAAACUGUAUGAGAAGCGGAAGCAGCAUCAACUUUCCCAAAUGCAGAAAGAUUUAGAGAAAAUGACCAACCAGGCUCGGUUUGUUCAAAUGAUUAUCGAUGGGAAGUUUGUCAUUUCGAAAAAGCCCAAGGCACAGCUGGUACGGGAGUUGAAGGAGAAAGGGUUCAAACCUUUUGCUAAGGUUUCGGACGCCGCCGCAAAAGGCGAAAACGCACCCGUUGUGGAGGAGGAUGAGGACGAUGAUGGUGAGGAUACGCAGAUUGCAGCUAAUUCUUAUGACUACUUGCUUGGGAUGCCAUUGUGGUCUUUGACCAAGGAAAGAGUGGAAAAGCUACGUCGUCAAAUUGGGGAUAAGGAAACCGAGAUUGAUACCCUUAUCAAGCUAUCCAAGGAAGAUAUAUGGACUGCUGAUCUUGACGAUUUCCUCGCGGAGUGGAAAUUCCAGCUCGAAGAUGAAGAACGUCGGCAAACAAAGCGGACGAAAAGUGCCCGUCGCGUUUCUACGAAGCUCAAGACUGCCGCUACCAAGGGCGGUAAGAAGCGCAAGGCCGCCGAUGACGACGAUAGCGAUUUCGGCCUGCCCAAACCGAAAAAAUCUGGCAAAUCAACAACCAUAAAUCGCGUGAAGCCGCAGGCGGGUCUUCUUGACUAUCUUAACAGUGUGCCUUCGAAGCCUAAACCGAACAGUAACAAAAGUGUUGGUGGUGCGGAUGGCGCGAGUGAUUUGGACGAUGAGGAUGAUUUCGAACCAGAAAUUCUCCCAACUAGGAAGCCAAGAGCUGCUUCUUCUAAGCCGGCAAAGCCUAUAGAACUUGACGGAUUGAGCGAUUUUGACGAGUUUGAGCCGGCAAUCAAAGAAAUUUCCCAAACGGCUUCACCGAAUCUCGCUCAGCCGAUGGAUAUGGAUACGGGUGUGACUAUUGAUGGACAGAGCGAGUCCGAUGCUAUUCAACCUGUAGCUGGCCCUCCGAAGAAGGCAAAAACACAAGUCUCAAAGUCCGGCAAACCCGGGAAGCCAGGGAAGCCAGGGAAGCCAGCUGCCACGCAUGGAAGUGAUUUUGAAGAAUCUAAGCCUACAACUUUCUCGGAAAAGAAAAAUACAAAGGCGGCCCCUCCGCCUAAGAAGAUUCCGUUGAAUGAUGAUGCUUCAGAUAUAGAAAUCACGUCGAGAAGGCCAGCCCGUCAAGCGAAAGUGAAUCGGAAACCGAUCACGUUCGACAAUUCAAGCGGAUCUGACAGCGACGAUGGUGAAGACUUGCUUGGAGACGUCAGCCAGAUGGUGAAAGGUAUUGGCCAUACUGCGGACCUAUCAUCCGAGUCUCGAGCUCUUUUUUCCGAACUCUCACGUCCAGGUACUAGUUCCGGGGUUAAACCAACGACAACGCCAUCGUCAAAACACCCCAAAGCCACCAGUACUGACCUCUUCGAUCCUGAUGAAACGGACUACUCGAAACUGAUUCCUCAGAAUUCUCCAAGGAGGUCGCUUCUGGUGAAGCCUAAAGACACUAAAUUCUCCAGUGAUGAAGGACAGGGCCAAGAGAGCGAUUCGGAUGCGGUUUCCACUUCAAAGUCUGCAACACCUUCCAGAGCAAAACCCAGCGCUACGUCUCAGAAACCCGCUCCGAAAGCAACUAAGACAGCUGCUACCGCUAAAAAAGCUGUUACCAAACCCAAAGCUGCUGCUGCCGCCCCAGCAAGGAAAGGUGUUCUUUCGCCCGCUGCGAAAGCUUAUGCUGCGAAGAAAGCUAAGUCGCAGAAAUUAACUGAUGCGCUGUCUGAUGGCGAUGACGACGAUGACAUCGACGCCAUGGCCAAUGACAUCCUCGACUCACCCGUGCCAGCUGCAAAGGGAAAGGGAAAGGGAAAGGGAAAGGAGAGACAUGAUGAUUUUGAUGUGGAUGAUUCGGAAGACGAGGUGGUUGCUCCAGUACCAGCACGUGUGGCCGGGGGUCGUCCAACGCGUCGGGCAGCAGCAGUGGCGAAGAAGCCUACAUAUACGAUUGAUGAUGAUAGCGAUGAAGAGGAUGAUUUUGAUGUUGGUUCGAGUGAGGAGUUUUCUGAUAUUGAUUAG